CACGAUGAAAUAAACUUCGACUUAUGUCGUACUCCACGGGGGUCUACCUCCAUAAAUUUAUUCAUACCUGCAUCAGCAUUGCAUCGGCCAUAGAAUCCAUCUGUGGUUAAGACAAACGUAGCCUCAAGGAACAAGAAAUUAUUUCCAAGGCAGCAAGAAAGGAGAGUUUUGAGAAGUCAAUCAAACUUUGCUCUUCAUCUUCUUUGUAUUGAGCAUGGGUUCUGAGAUCUCGAGGCAGAUUCAGAGACGGAAAGACGUGUUGCGAGAGGCAAAAGUCCUGAGUGAUCUCAGCGAAACCUGUGGGACGCGAUUCCCAGGUUGUGACUACCGCUGUUUGGAUAGGAAGAACUGGAUGAACAGCCUCGAUCCCGAGAAGCUUCCACUUUUCAAGAUUGUCUGGCCAGGGACUCAUGAUUCCGCGACCAACAAGAUUGGAGUACGGUUCGUGUCUCGUCCUUUUGCCCAAUGCCAAUCGCUAAGCAUCUACGAUCAGCUCGUGGGAGGCACUCGGGUAUUAGACAUUCGAGUCCAGGAGGAUUGCCGGGUAUGCCAUGGGAUUUUACCGACUUAUAGUGUGGAUGUCGUCCUGAACGACGUCAAGAAGUUUUUAGGUGAGACGAAGUCGGAGAUUAUAAUACUAGAAGUCCGAACUGAGUUUGGUCAUCAGGACCCGCCUGAGUUUGAUCAGUACUUGGUGGAUCAACUUGGGGGGCACCUGAUCGGCCAGGAUGAAAGUGUUUUCGGUAAGACAAUUGCGGAUUUGUUGCCGAAGAGAGUGAUUUGUGUCUGGAAGCCUAGGAACUCGCCCAAACCGCAGGCGGGAGGCCCAUUGUGGAGUGAGGGCUAUCUGAAGGAUGACUGGAUGAAUACCGAUUUACCAUCAACCAAGUUUGAUAGCAAUAUGAAGCAUUUGGGUGAGCAGCCGCCAGCUUCCGUAAGGAAGUACUUUUACAGGGUGGGGAACACAGUAACGCCGCAAGCGGACAAUCCAGUAGUGUGUGUCAAGCCGGUCACUAAUCGCAUUCACGGAUAUGCUAGGCUGUUUAUAUCUCGGUGCUUCUCUAAAGGGCUAGCUGAUAGGUUGCAGGUAUUCUCAACGGACUUUAUAGAUGCAGAUUUCGUAGAUGCUUGUACCGGUCUUACAUCUGCCAGGAUUGAAGGGAAAGCCUAAAAAGUGCCAUUUCAUUUGUUCAGUUGUCCCUGUGAAGCUGAUUACCCAUUUGUCUCAGGUUCACUUUUGCACACUUGCUAUUAUAGGUUCUUCUUUGUUCUCACAGACAUGGACAGUUUGUUUUCAAUAGGGUUGGAAUGUACCAAUGUCAGUUACACUUCAAUUUAUAGGCAGUCUUUCUAUCUGUUAAUUUGUUUUCCGAA